CCAACGACGUGCCUGCCUGCCUUGCCUUGCUCUUUCUCUCUCGGCAAGGAUGCAGCCGACCGACAGCGAAACCUCCGUGGCUGACGGCCUGACUAGCUACCCGCCUCUUGUAUUAAACAUCAGACAUAUACCUGCUCAAUUAAUAACACGUCUCCCCAUCUCUCUUCACUGAUUUUCUGUGCAUGCACGUUGCAGACAUUUCUCAUCCCUUGCAUCGCCAAAUGCGUCAUCUGCUUCAUCGAUACCGGGUACGCUGAUGGCGCAAACAACUAUCGUGAACUUUAUCCCCCUUCACCCGCCCAAAGCAUAUGUAAGAUGGUUUAUAGACCUGCCACGCCCUGUUCUCGGACCGCAACAGUAUUCAACUUGUCGAAGCACGCCUUGCCCUUUUACUGAUUGUUCACGCUGCCUGAGCAUCUAG